CACCAAGCAAACUGCCCGCAAGUCUACCGGCGGCAAGGCCCCAAGGAAGCAGCUGGCUACCAAGGCUGCGCGCAAGACUCCCGCAACGGGUGGUGUCAAGAAGCCGCACAGGUACCGUCCGGGGACCGUGGCCCUGCGGGAGAUCCGUAAAUACCAGAAGAGCACGGAACUUUUGAUCCGCAAGCUCCCCUUCCAGCGUCUGGUGAGGGAGAUUGCUCAGGAUUUCAAGACCGACCUACGCUUCCAGAGCCAGGCCGUGCUGGCGCUGCAGGAGGCUGCUGAGGCCUACCUGGUCGGCCUGUUCGAGGACACCAACCUGUGCGCCAUCCACGCCAAGCGUGUGACCAUCAUGCCCAAGGACAUUCAGCUGGCCCGCCGCAUCCGAGGCGAGCGCGCGUAAACGUGCGGAAGGGGGGUUGGUUAAGGACAGCUUAGGAAGGCGGCCUGUCAACGUCAACAAC